AUGAAUCGCGCAUGGCUGUGGAUACUACUCAUAGGGUUAUCAUUGGCAAUCACAGUGGCUGGUGAAUGCGACAAUGAGGAGGAAGAAGAGCCACUCACUCGAUAUCCUAUUAUAUUGUUCAAAUGGAGCGAAGUGAAAGUGCCUCUGACGGUGUCAUUGUGGCUCGUUGGAGCUAGUAUAGCUAAAAUUAAACGAGGUUGUCCUCGCAGCGAAGUGUUCAUGCUUUAUCUGCUACCUCCAUUAGUAUUCGAUGCAGGCUACUUCAUGCCGGCUCGACAGUUCUUCGACAAUCUCGGCUCCAUUCUCUGUUUUGCAAUGAUAGGAACCACCUUCAACAUUGUGGCCAUCGCGCUCUCGUUGUGGGCCAUUUCUUUGACGGGUCUGUUCUCCGUGGAAACACCACUCAUUCAUCUGCUGCUAUUCGGUUCUGUUGCUGCGGACGUCGAUCCAGUUGCUGUCAUCGUCAUUUUCGAAGAACUUGGGGUCAACGAGAUCCUAUUCAUCAGUGUUUUCGGCGAAUCGCUGCUCAACGAUGGUGUGGCUGUUGUCUUUUACCGCAUGUUCGUCUCAUUCACAGAGAUCGGAACAGAAAAUCUCAUCACCAUGGAUUACGUGAAUGGUGGAAUUUCGUAUUUGGUUGUAUGCUUUGGAGGAAUAGGAGUUGGUCUCCUGGUGGCCCUAUCUGCUAGUUUCAUAACAAACAUUGUAUUCUGUGGAGCAGCGAUGAAGCAGUACGUGAAAGCUAACGUGCUCUCCAUGUGCUCGGAGACUGUAAUCUUCGUGUUCCUCGGUCUUUCAACUGUCUCAUCUGAUCAUCACUGGGAUACACCUUUCAUCGUACUGACUACCGUAUUCUGUCUCAUAUACCGUACUCUUGGCGUGGUCGUUAUGUGUUUCGUGCUCAACAAAUACCGUCUCAACAAAUUCUCAAAGGUUUACAACUCUUCACCUCUCUUCUCUCUU